AUGCCUCAAUUUUGGAAACAAUUACUCAGUAACCCGAAGAGUGUUUCUUCAGAAUCUCUACCGACAUCUGAAAACGCUCAAUCAUCCUCACAAAAUAUUAAAUCUCAACCUAGACCUAUUCUAACAAAUAGACCUUAUUCGUAUAGUUCGAUAUCCAGUUCGACAAUGAAACAAAUUUCACCAAAUAAACCAAGAAAUCCAUCUCAUUUAGGUGUCAAUUCAUCAAGAGAUGAUCAACUUGCUUAUGGUACUAGCGUAGGAUCUGCAGAGUUUAAAGAUCACAGAGACAAAUUCCUAACAGAUAGAAAUGGAUUUGUUGGUCGUGUCUUUGGUGUAUCAUUAUCCGAAUCAUUAAGUGUCGCUUCUGCCGAAGUUAUCGUGCAAAGUGAAUUAGUAAGUUUUGGUAGAAUACCCAUUUUAAUUGCUAAAUGUGGUGCAUAUUUAAAGGCUAAUGCUUUGGAAACACCCGGGAUAUUUCGUAUUGCUGGGAAUGGUAAAAGAGUUAAAGAAUUACAAUUUAUUUUUUCAACUCCGCCAACGUAUGGUGCUAAAUUUAAUAAUUGGGAUGCUUAUAGUAUUCAUGAUGUUGCAUCUUUAUUAAGGCGAUAUCUUAAUAAUUUAGAAGAACCUUUAAUACCUUUAGAAUUUUAUGAAAGUUUUAGAAAACCAAUACAAGAUAAACCAAGAAUUAUUAAACAUAUGUUAAGCCGUCAUGUUUCUCAUCCAAAUGCAAAUAAAGAAAAUAGUGUUACAAUAGAAGAUAAAUCUAAGGAGAAAAAUACUACAAUAGUACCCGCUACACACAAUACUGCUAAUGAAACUGCUUCAAAUACUACACCAAGUGAUAUCACAACGAAUCCCCAUGAAAUAUUAAGUAAAUCUCAUAGACAUGAAUCGUAUGAAGCCGAUAGAGAAACAGAAGCCGAAGAUACAGAUGAAGAAUCUAAACGAAAGAGGAAACAGCGUCAUAAGAAGAGACUUGCUCGUGAUAUUAAGACUGCAAUUAAGGAAUAUGAAGAAUUGUUCAUCCAGUUAUCCAAUGAUACCAAACAAUUGACAAUUUAUUUACUUGACCUGAUGAGUCUUUUUGCAAGACAAUCACAAUUGAAUUUAAUGACAGCUAGGAAUCUGGCUGCUAUUUUCCAACCGUCAAUGUUAUCACAUCCACAACAUGAUAUGGACCCAAAGGAAUACGAAUUAUCAAGGUUCGUGGUGGAAUUUUUGAUUGAAUACUCAUACAAAUUGUUACCUAAUUUACUUAAAAUCACUAAAGAGGAACAGGAGAGGAACACAAAGAAGACCUCAAUAGAUAAUGGUCACGAAAUUACUGCACCUACUCCAAGAAUUAUUACUCCAAAUAGUGUUUCAAAUGCUAGAAGACCUACCGAUUUAGAAAGAAAUUCAUCAAAGAAAUCUAUCAGAUCCAUUACUCCAAAUUCCCUAUCUGGAUCUUCAAACGUAAUAGAUAUACCGAACAGACCAACAAACCAGAGAAAUUUAUCAAAUUUAUCAUCAUCUCCAAAAGUUGCAGAUAGAUCUCCUGAGAAACAAAUGCAUGAUGCACAUAAAUUAGGAAUGUCUUUGCAAUUACCAAAAACAAGAACCAGACCUCAUUCAAGGUCAAUCGGUUCAGCACCUGUGCCGCCGGAUGUUAUAUCAAGUAACAAACGGAAAACUAAAUUGUUCCCUUGGUUACAUAAACCUGGUAUUCUAAGUGACACUGGUGAUAAUUCUGCCACUGAAGGUGAAGGUGAUGAUUUAUUAAUGUCAAAUGAUGAAGAUGGUGGUGACAUAACGCAUUCUCCAAUAGCAAAGAAGAGACUAGAUGUUCCGACAAUAGCGACAAACAUAGAGAAAUCCAAUUCUUCACUAGGUGCAGUUUAUUCUAAUGAUAGUUCUCCAUUAAAUUCAAGUAGUUUAUUAAGGGUUCCUCAAAGUAAAUCUCCAGUUAGAGUUGAUUCUAAUUCUUCAAGUAGAAUCAGACCAAUGUCAAUGAUACUAGACAAAACGAAGAGCAGAUCGGCGGAUGAAUUGGGUUAUAUAUCUAAUAGUGGUAAUUCUUUAUCUAAAGAUAACGAGAAUGAAUCGCGCUCAUCAAGGAGUAAGAAAAGGGAAUCUUGGUUUCAAAGGUGGACAAGUAGGUCAAAUUCGGCAACUAGAUCUUAG